AUGGCAAUACAUACAGGUAGUGCAUGGCACAUAGGGGAUGGAAGGAAAGUUAAGCUUCAUCACUCAUGGCUACAUGGAACGAAACCCAUUUGCCGUGAGUCAGCAGAUACAGAUCUGAGAGUAUGUGAUAUCAUCACGAACGAAGCAACUUGGGAUGAGGAGAAAGCAGCUACCAUUCUCCCUUCACAGUCUUGCGCAGCGCUGAGAGGCCUUUGCCCUCUCCCUGUGGGUAAUGAGGAUGACAUCAUUUGGAGGCAUAGCAAAAAUGGGGAAUGUUCAGCAAGGAUUGGAUAUGACUUUAUUGCUAAUAGCAAGGAGGACUACCCUACUACUUAUAGUCAGUCCACAGACCGAGGAGCUCAGCAGAUUUGGAAACUUGAUGUAAGUAACAAAUGGAAGGUGUUCCUAUGGAAGAUAAGGAGUAGGGCGCUCCAGGUUGGAUAUGAGUUCAUGAAAAGAAACCUUCCAUUCCCCACCUCUUGUAAUUUGUGUGGGGAAGAGGACAAGGAGGAAACACUAGCCCAUUUGCUAAGAGACUGCGAGGUUGCAAGUCAGCCUCUUCCUUCCAAAUGGAAGUUAUUACUGCUUUCAUUUAAAGAUACAACAAGAGUGUAUCAAGGGAACAAUGGACGUGCUUGGAACGUCAAGGUGCUAAGUGUGGAAGAAGAUACAAGCAAUUCUGAAGGAUUUUUCGCUGAUCAAGAGUGGCAGGACUUUGUGGAUAGAAAUAAUUUGGCUAUUGGUGAAAAUUUGCAUGUGUAUUAUAAGAAUAAAACUUUUUAUAUUAGAGUUUUUGAUAAUGAUGGUAAUGAAAGGCUUCCUACCGAAGCCGAAAAUGGUAUUUAA